AUCUGAUUUCCAAACCAACAAAUCAAAAAACAUUCAAACAUUUAAGAGCAACAUAUAUAAUUUGUCUUCCAAAGAUGAUUUUUCCUAUUUUCUUCAUUUGUUCGCUCCUAGUUUCCAUCUCUUCCGCUAUUAUUCCUUUCGAUUAUUGUGUGGGAGAUUUGAGCCUACCUGGCGGACCAAAUGGUUACCCUUGUAAAGAUCGUACAAAAUUAAAUGUUGAUGAUUUUAUUUAUUCGGGUUUAAAUGUUCCAGGUAAUACCGCAAACACUUUCAAAUUUGGUGUAAGUACAGCGUUUACACCUCAAUUUCCGGCUUUAAAUGGCAUGGGAAUUUCCAUAGCACGAGGUGACUUAGAUGUGGGUGGAGUCGUUCCAAUCCACACACAUCGAGUGGCAGAAGUGAUUUUCAUAGUCGAAGGAACAAUCGUAGCAGGGUUUAUCGACACAAACAACACGGUGUUUUACAAAACAAUAAAGAAGGGAGAUGUAAUGAUAUUCCCUCCUACACUUCUUCAUUUCCAAGUGAAUGUAGGUUCAACUCCAGUUAUUGCAUAUGUAAGCUUUGCAAGCGAAAAUCCUGGGAAUCAAAUAGUAGAUACUUCACUAUUUAGUAACAAUUUGCCCUCAAAUUUGAUUGAGAAAAUCACUUUACUUGAUCCUGCACAAGUUCACAAGCUUAAGAAAGCCUUUGGUGGGACUAGUUGAGUGUUUAAUAUAAGAAAAAUUGACAUUAAUAAUUUAAUUUUUUGUUCGUUUACUGUGAACAAUCUUAUCUUUAGAUUAUUUUUUAAUAAUUCAAUAUUUGUCUUUCACUGGCCGUGAAUAAUCUAAUCUUUGUCUUAGUUUGGUGGUAUCAUAAUGCCAUAUUAAUACUUAUUAUUAGUAAUAUGAUAUGUUGUGGGCAAAUACAUGAUAAAGACUAGAUAAUUAGAAAAUAAUUUAAUUGUGAGAUUAUUAAUAUCGAAUGAGUAAAAGAUUGUAUUAUUAAUUAGUGUCAAAUUUUCCAUUAAUAUAUUAAAUAAUUGGUUUCUUGUUUCACUCA